AUGCUUAUUGGUGUUUGUGACCAAUGGCGGCACAUAGUGCUCCACCUAACUCUCGUCCAUGCCACGCCCACUCAGAUACAACUCGUCCACGAUCUACUCGAUAAGUACGAUAAGAAGGCGAAACCCAUGUGGGACAACUCGAAACCGAUCAAUGUAUCGUUUUCUAUGGAUCUCUACCAGAUACUAGAGCUGAACGAACCACAACAAUACAUUCUCCUAAAUGCCUGGAUCAUCGAGAGGUGGUAUGACGAAUUUCUCUAUUGGAAACCGGAAGACUACCAAAACAUUUCCGAAUUACGAUUGCCUUACGACUCAAUCUGGCUGCCGGAUACUACUCUAUAUAAUUCCCUCGUCAUGAAAGACGACGACACUCGUCGUCUGCUGAAUGCGAAACUUACUACAGAUCAUAAGCGGAGAGCAGCGUUUAUUGAGUUACUGUACCCGACAAUCUACAAGUUCUCAUGUCUUCUCGAUUUGCGAUUUUUCCCAUUUGACGUACAGGUAUGCACUAUGACGUUCUCAUCAUGGACCUACGACCAAAAAGGCAUCGAUUACUUUCCAUAUUCGGAGAAAAUUGGCACAUCAAACUACCUAGAAAACGAAGGCUGGUAUAUCUUGAAGACUAAAAUUACUCGAAACGAGGUGAAGUAUAGCUGUUGUCCAAAUAAGUACACUCUUCUACAGUUAACCCUAUACUUACGAAGAAAACCGCUUUUCUACAUUGUGAACUUGAUAAUUCCGACUUCUAUCAUCACUUUGAUAGCUAUUGUUGGAUUUUUUACGACCUCCUCAGCUAGUGGGAUGCGAGAAGAAAAGGUAUCUCUUGGUAUAACAACAUUACUUUCUAUGUCUAUCCUCAUGUUGAUGGUCUCGGAUCAAAUGCCAACAACAUCAACGUUCAUCCCUCUGAUUGGGUGGUUCAUACUCGCGAUGAUAAUCGUUAUCUCACUGGGUACGGUAGUUUCAUCAGUUAUCAUCGCCAUACAAAAACGUGGAAGCCAUGGCGAGCGAUUAUCGAAGCGCGUGCUGAGGAUUGCAAAGAUUAUCGCAUACGUGACUUGCACAUCAUUGCCAUCACAUAUUGAAAAGGAGCAAAUGAUGGAAGCUUUCGAUGCCCCAACACCUACUGUGGAGGUGUUAAAGCCAGUGAAAACACCGACAGAAGCGCAGAAGAGGUGGAUGAGCAUCAAAAAAGCGAAAAAUGGUAUAGCUGUCGUCUCGGAUAAGAGUACCGAUCCACUCAUACAUAUGGGCAAUCAAGGCGUAGAGGAUGGUGCUUUCCCGGGAAUGACGCCCACUGCACCUUUGCCUCCAUCAUCGGUGUUCGACGAUGAAGUUUCACUCAAUAGCGAACUCUCGUCCAGGCCAACGACCGGUCGCAUUGUCAAGCAGAACGGCAAAAGCAACACAUUUGCACAAAUGCAAGUGACUUCAAUUCUUACCAACAACAGUAGGACCAACUACAACCCUAGCUCAAGUGGAGCGAUCGCAAACCGAUCGUUAUUAAUGGAAGACAUACCAUUGAUACGGCUCACCCGCGAUUUGCUUGCCAAGGAUAGGUAUGACACUCGAGUGCGACCGAUUAUCGACCAUACAAAGACGUUGAAGGUCCAUAUCAGCAUCUCUUUAUAUCAGAUUAUUGAAGUGGAUGAACCUUCGCAGAAUAUCAAGUUGAAUGUAUGGAUGAUCCAAAAAUGGAAGGACGAAUACUUAACAUGGGAUCCACGUGAUUAUGGCAUGAUCAACUCAACGAUUAUUCCGUACAAAUAUUUAUGGAUUCCGGACACUUAUCUGUAUAACAGCGUGAAGAUGAGCCGCGAUGAAACCGAACGGUACAUGAAUAUCCAGGUGGAGUCGAAUCACUGGAAGGGCGAAAACGGUUCACAGAUGUCUUUCCUUUACCCGGCUAUAUACACCAUCACAUGCAGACUAAACAUCAGGUGA